CUUGACCGACACUUUCGUGUCGUGGGCGACGAGUACUCGACCUCCGCCUCGGCCGCUUCCCCCGCUUUGUCUUUCUGCUGAAUGGGAUUAAAGCCACUUCUUCAACUUUUGCCUCGCAUUCCUUACCGUUUCUUAUCCCUUGAGUUAGUACCUUCCUCAUUACAUAUAACCAACCUUUGGUUUUAGCCCAUCUCCAAAGGCUCUCUUCUGCUGCUUGUCCUGGGCUGUCUGUUUGUCUUCCCGCUUACACCAAGCCCCUCUCCUCCCUACUGACCGGCCGCCCGUCUGUUGCACUAACCGGCGGCGGCUUUUAUCCCUUCCGGCAGGGGACCUACCCGGCCUCACCGCGCUGCGUACGCCCACUGCGAGCGCUAACGCCCCGCAGAGUCGCGGACUGCACGUCUCACACGGCCGCCGCUGCGCCUCCGUGCCUCCGUCUCCGUGUGCUUCCACCCCUCUCAUCUCAGCUGGCACAGCCUUCGAGGCACGACGCAUCAUCAACCUUGAAUUUUGGUUUUUGGUUUGGGGAAUUUUUACUUUUUCUUCUUUGCCGCAUACACUGCGCCUCAAUCCAUAUUCUUUUGUGUGUACAGCAGGUUGUCAAUAAUCGACACUUCAUUGCAUCCACUGAAGAAAAGCAAGGGGGGAGGGAAAGGGAUCGAAUCAUUCUUACUGGAUUCCAUCCCUUGAUCAUCGAUUCAUCCAAUUUACUGAACCCGCCUCGUUCCGUCCCAGCUUCAGUUCAGCAAGCAAGCAACUCUACCUUAACCUCACCUCACAUCCUUACCCCUCCACAAGGUCAUUCAUCCUCUCACCUCUCCUGCAUCGCAUGGUUCACGACCAACACUCACCCUCGCACCCAUCCAAACACACGCACGCACAAAUCCGUGCCGACCCUCAUCAAUCAUGUCAAAACGCACAACAUUCACGACCAUCUCACCCCUGCCAGCCGGCAUCACCCGCGAGGCCGUCCUUGGCUUCCUCCACAACCACGUCGAGAUGAUCGACCUGAACCCUCUCAUCAAGGAGCGCCACCGCAUCCCCGCCCCGUCCCAUGCGCCCCCGGAGGAGCACGCCUGCGCCUGGUACUCCCUCACCGACGAGAUAUCAUACCUACCCGGCGGCCUGGUCACCGGCAACGUCAGCUACACUUGCUGCUUCCACGACCUGCCCACCGGCAUGCAGACCCACUGCUACGCCCCGAUGGGCCUCGAGAUCCGGGACAAGUGGACUGUAGCCGGCUGCCUGCCCGGCGAGCCUGUCGAGCCCGUCGAGCUCGGUAUCGGCGCCCCAGUGUUGGGCCUGUACAUCCGCGAGGACGUCGACAUGCGUUGCAACGUCUUCACCACCUCCUUCGUCAAGAAGACCCUGAAGAAGAGCCACGGCCUGCUGGUCGAACGUCUGCGGUCCAAAGUCCAGCAGGCCUCCUCCUCCUCCACCACCACCACCCCUUCCGUAACCGCUGCGCAUCAGCGGCACGCCAGCCAGACCUCGCUUCUGUCUGGGUCCGGCCCCAACGGCGCAUCAUCGCACAUGCCCCCCCAUCCUCGUCCUCCACAGACCCAUCCGGGUCAGACUCACUAUACCAACGCCCCCGCCGACCAAAUCUGCUUGCCGUACAGGCCUUCGCAUCCCAAGUCGCCGUCUACACCACCCGGCGACGAGUCACAGAACGCCACCUACCCGGAGCCGCUGCGGUUCCGCCACGCCGCCGCUCCCUUGGCUUCAUCUCGGUGUUCGGAUGCCGGGUCGCAGCCCGGCGGUCUCGGUGGUGGUAGUGGCAGCGGCAGCAGCAACAACAACUACGCCCACGGAAGCCAAUCGGGUUUCGGAGGCAUCCAUCCCUGCGACGACACGCAUCAGCGUGCAGCCGCGGGGCAGCAGCAAUACAGCGGCGGGACUCUGCAGGGGCCGUUCGUCGCCGAGCUGGAUUGAACC